AUGACCCCAUUUGCAGUUCUAGGUCUGGUCGACACAGCUGUCAAGACCAGCAGAAGUGGUUAUUUACAAAGAUGUCUUAUUAAACAUUUGGAAGGAAUCACAGUAAAUUAUGACUUAACAGUUAGAGAUAGUGACGGUAGUGUUAUUCAGUAUCAAUAUGGAGAAGAUGGAUUAGAUAUUUUAAAAAUGCAAAUGCUGAAAGAAAAGCAGUUUCCCACCUUGAUUAAAAAUUACCAUGCUGCGGUGAAUGAAUCCGAAAUAAAAGAAGUGACUGAAAAAUUAGAUUGCAAACGGUCAAAAAAACUAAGAAAGGAUUUAAAAAGUUGGACGAAGAGACACGGAAAUUACAUACAUCAUCUGAGAGUUUCUGGUUUUACCGAAUUUUCCAGUGAGUUUUUACAGCAGCUUCGAAUUGAGCAUCCGGGAAGAAAUAAUCUAACUGGAUGCGAACAUGCCAAAGAAAAGUUGUGUAAAUUAUGGCACGAUAUGGAAAGUGGUGACAAAGAAAGAUAUAAUAAGCCAUGGGUGAAGCGUCCGGAUCCUAUUUCUUCUCAGGCGCAGAUAGAUACUAAUUUUGGCUUAAUAUCGGAAAAGCUUGAUUCUACCAUAGAAAACUACAUAUCUUGUAAUCGCACGCUUUUCAAAAAUAGUAAUCGGUCAUCUGAUUGGAUUUCUAAAAAGCAUUUCAGAAAUCUCAUAUAUUUUAAGUACUUAAAAUCUCUUGCCAGUCCUGGAGAAGCGGUUGGCUUGCUAGCCGCUCAGUCUAUAGGAGAACCUUCCACUCAGAUGACACUCAACACUUUUCACUUUGCUGGAAGAGGCGAAAUGAACGUCACGCUCGGUAUUCCGAGGUUGAGAGAGAUAUUGAUGGUUGCAAGUACCAGCAUUGCCACUCCCAGCAUGGAUCUUCCUCUUCUUCCCAUUCCUGAUGCUGAAAAAAAAGCCGAAGAAUUGAGAAAAGCAUUCACUGCUGUUCGUUUGGCACAGGUUUUAGAGAAAUUAAAAGUUGUAGAAUCUUUGAGAAUUAAAGAUAAAAGUGAAAGGAGCAGAAGUUAUUGCAUUCACUUCACUUUUCUUCCGUAUAAAGCUUAUAAGAGAGAUUUUUGUGUAAAUCCUUCUUCGAUUUUGAAAUUUAUGGAAAGCAGUUUUACAAAACAGAUCGUUCAUGCAAUUAAGAAAAAGUUGAAGAUUUUAGCCGAAACUAAACCUGUAUCAACUGAGAGAGGAACCAGAAAUUUUAAAGCUGGAUGGGGUAAUGAUUCUGACGAACCAAUACAGGACGACAAAGAGGGCGAGAGUUCUGAAGAGGAGGAGGGGGAUGGAGACACGACGUCGGCCAAACACCGGUCCAGACACGAUCAAGAGCAGGAAUACGAAGAACCAGAAGAAGAAGAAAGAAUGGCUAAUCCGGCCGACGAAAUGUCAGAAGUUGAAGACAAUGAUCAAGAGAUAAAACAAGAACAAGAGGAGGAAAAUGAAGAAAUGACACCAAUAGAAAAGAUAUCCCAUUCCAAGCAAAAAAUUCCAGAUGUUAUAAAAAAUGAGAGAAUAAGAAAAGUGUUAAUGAUGCAUUCUUGGCUGGUGGACUACGAUUUUGACACAGAAUCCGAGCUGUGGUGCAAGAUAACUGUACAGCUUGCAUUAAAUCAAAACAAAUUGGACAUGACCACAUUAAUGGAAGAGGAGGCUGCCAAAGCCAUCGUCUAUCAGACUCCGGGCAUCAACAGGGCAUUUGUGGUGAAAGACACAGACACCAAAGGCGGAAGCGGAAAAAUGAUCAAGACCGAAGGCGUCAACAUUCAGGAAUUGUUUAAAUACGAAAAUAUUUUGGACGUGAACCGCAUCUACAGUAACGACAUUCACGCCAUAUGCAGGACUUACGGAAUUGAAGCAGCUGCCAGAGCCAUAGUAAAGGAGGUGAAAAAUGUGUUUGCCGUGUAUGGAAUCGAAGUGGACCCUAGACACCUGCUGCUGAUUGCUGACUACAUGACGUUCGACGGCGCCUACAAACCCUGCAACCGCGUGGGAAUGGAGAAUUCUUCUUCGCCCCUGCAGCAGAUGAGUUUCGAGACCACCAUGAAAUUCCUAAACUCCGCCGUUCUCGCCGGAGCCAAGGAACAAUUAAGAUCGCCCUCUUCGAGAUUAGUCGUAGGUCACGUGGUUUCCGGAGGAACAGGAUGCUUCGAUUUGUUGCAGCCCAUCUCCAAGUGUAAGCAGUAGCUUCUGCUUUGUACGAAUUGUUGUAUUUUUUGUAGUUUUGUAAAUAAAUUACAAUAUUUUUUUAA